AUGGCCGCACCCCGCGCUCUGGCGGCCGCCGCGCCCGCGCCCGGGAAGGCCGCACUCACUCACCCGGGGAAGGCGAUCCUGGCAGGCGGCCUGGCGGGCGGCAUCGAAAUCUGUAUCACCUUCCCCACCGAGUACGUGAAGACGCAGCUGCAGCUGGACGAGCGCUCGCACCCGCCGCGCUACCGGGGCAUCGGGGACUGCGUACGGCAGACAGUCCGCAGUCAUGGCGUCCUGGGCCUGUACCGCGGCCUCAGCUCCCUGCUCUACGGCUCCAUCCCCAAGGCGGCAGUCAGGUUCGGGACGUUCGAGUUUCUCAGCAACCACAUGCGGGACGCCCAGGGACGACUGGACAGCACGCGCGGGCUGCUGUGCGGCCUGGGCGCCGGAGUGGCCGAGGCCGUAGUGGUCGUGUGCCCCAUGGAGACCAUCAAGGUGAAAUUCAUCCAUGACCAGACUUCUGCCAGUCCCAAAUACCGAGGAUUCUUCCACGGGGUCAGGGAGAUCGUGCGGGAACAAGGGCUGAAGGGGACGUACCAAGGUCUCACGGCCACCGUGCUGAAGCAGGGAUCCAACCAGGCCAUCCGCUUCUUCGUCAUGACCUCCCUGCGCAACUGGUACCGAGGGGACAACCCCAACAAGCCCAUGAACCCGCUGAUCACUGGUGUGUUCGGAGCCAUCGCGGGUGCAGCCAGUGUCUUCGGAAACACUCCACUGGAUGUGAUCAAGACCAGGAUGCAGGGACUGGAGGCACACAAGUACCGGAACACGUGGGACUGCGGCCUGCAGAUCCUGAGGAACGAGGGACUCAAGGCGUUCUACAAGGGCACUGUCCCGCGCCUCGGCAGGGUCUGCCUGGAUGUGGCCAUCGUGUUCAUCAUCUACGACGAGGUGGUGAAGCUUCUCAACAAAGUGUGGAAGACGGACUGA